AUGGCGGCGGGGGCGGCGGGGAGCAUCACCACGCUGCCGGCGCUGCCCGACGACGGGGGUGGCGGCGCCUUUCCCCCCGGGCACUUCAAGGACCCCAAGCGGCUCUACUGCAAGAACGGCGGCUUCUUCCUGCGCAUCAACCCCGACGGCAGGGUGGACGGCGUCCGCGAGAAGAGCGAUCCGCACAUCAAACUCCAGCUUCAAGCAGAAGAAAGAGGAGUGGUAUCAAUCAAAGGUGUAAGUGCAAACCGGUUUCUGGCUAUGAAGGAGGAUGGCAGAUUGCUGGCACUGAAAUGUGCAACAGAAGAAUGUUUCUUUUUUGAGCGUUUGGAAUCUAAUAACUAUAACACUUACCGGUCACGGAAGUACUCUGAUUGGUAUGUGGCACUGAAAAGAACUGGACAGUACAAACCCGGACCAAAAACUGGACCUGGACAGAAAGCUAUCCUUUUUCUUCCAAUGUCUGCUAAAAGCUGAUUUGCAGGGUGGGUUCUGAACGUAUGCCACACUACACUUUAAGAGGCAGAGUUUCUUGCUCCUCACCAAACUAGUAAAAAUAGAAGCUGUUGUUUGCUGAUAUCAGCUACUUUUGCAGAAAGGUUAAAACAUGAAUGUUUCUUCCUGUCUUCAUACUGCUCUGUAAACCUAUUGUGCCAGUGUGUGUGGAGGUAAAAUUAUGUAGAGAAUCUAUUUUCAGGAUCAGUAACACCUCUAUUUUUUGCUAGAGAUUUCUAUAGAGCUAUUUUAUUUACUUUAUAUUCACUUUACAGAGUAAAGGGAAACUAACUGAUGCACGCUAACAGGAAAACUUGCCAUUUAAAAUAAUUUAUAUAUCUGUAGCUUAUUAGAGAAUAAAUACUGAUUUUUUUUCUUCUCAAAAAUAAGUCCACAAAUAAUUUCAAUAUGGUCUAAGUAACUAUGAAUAAAAAUUUUAAAUUAUUAAUAUAAUUAUGUGAAAUUUGUUGCUAUCAUGUAAUGUUUCUGUAGGAUUCAGGCAGCUCCCUGUGGUAUAGUUUGUAGAAGCGGCCUGUGUAAACAGCUGGAAACUCUCUCAUGGUUAUAUCAAUUUUAUCAAAGCCUUCCCGGUAUCCAUAAAGUAACAGCUUAGCUACGUUGCUCGUGAUGGGAGUAGCAUGUUUUGUCCUGGCAAGCUCGUCCAGGUCCAUCCACUCACACCGCAAGCAUUCCUGCUGGCAGAAGUUGAUGGUGAAGGAGGAGGGCUGCAGGCGACAGAUGAUGUACAUGUCUGACUUCCCAAAGGCUCCAGGGUGUUUGUGUUGCUGUCUUAUGCUUAGGAUGGACUUGAACUCUGACUUGAUGCCAGUCUCUUCAAAAACCUCUCGAACUGCUGUGUCUCCUAGGCAAAGAGAGCAAUUCUUUCAAUAUAUACAAGAACAUACACUCUUUAAACCUUUUGAUCCCAGAAUAAACAUCUUCUCUUCUGCUUAGCAAGCUUUUCAAAAUGCACAGCUUGUUUGCCUUUCUACACAAGGACAAGCUAACUUUUUGGUCCCUGAACAAAACUAAUUGCAAACUACCUUUCUUUUGCAUAUGCUACAAAAAGAUGAAAGAAACUUUCCAUAAUACUGUCUCCAGGGUGUAGUUUUGAAAUUUGUCUUCUAUCUUGCAGUAGAAUGUUCUGCAUAAGUUUAACAUCAAAUAUAUAGAGGCCUUUAGUACCCAGUGCCUACAGAACAUUUGUGUUUGUAACUUUCACUGCAGUUUUGAUUACAAGGCAACUGGCUAUAGGGAAAGAUACUCAUGUGCCAUUACUAAUGCCUAGGGAGACUGCACUGUACACAGCCCAGGGUGGCGCUUGCAGUCCUCUGGUUUAAAAGUGUUGCAAAGCAAACUCCCUAGGGCAAGUGAUUUUUAUUAUAAGGAUGCAUUGCAUAGAAAUGGUCAAAGAAGGUAAACAACUGAGAUUGGGCAGAAUGCCAAGGCAGGCUAUGGUAAGAAAAACUGAACAGAGAUUUCAUUUUAGCUUUGAGCUUUUCUUUUAGAUCAAGUGCCAUUUUCUUUUUCUGUUUUAAUGUAUGUAUUUUAAAUAUGACACUUAAGCUAGAAGAAACAGUAGGGCUUGAAUCUCAGAAAUAAGCAAAGCGCACAGAUUAUUCUAUUUGCAUAAUCUCCAUUAUGAAGCUAUUCAGAUUACUUGUGCAAAUCAAUUUGUUCUCAUUAAAGUUAGCAGUCAUGUAUUUUGUUGCUUCAAUAAUCACAGGAUUUUCAAGUGUUGUAACACUGCUUAAAAUUUGGACUCUUGGGUGAGUUUAUAAGAUUUCAUGUAAGUGAUGGAAAAAGUAAAAAUUUUUUUUUUUAUUUUAUUCAUUACUAAUUUAAUAUUGAAAUGUGAUGCACAGAACCAUAGCAUUUAUUGUGAUAUUGUUAAGCAGAGGUAGGAGGGGAGCUCUGAGUGAUUUGUUUCUUCCUGGUCCUUCUUAAUAUUUACAUCCAGGCUCCAUCCAUAAUCUCACCUGUUACUUGAGGAAUGGCUGCUGGUACUCAGAAUUGCCCUAGUGAAGCAGUCUCUCAUUCUAGUUAUUCUUUUCCCUCACUGCAAAAGCUCCUCUGGUAUCUCUUGCCUCAGAUCAUCUUACUAUAAGGGCAAGAGUGUCUGGCUAGGCAACAAACAGUGUUGGGGGUUCUUUAAAAAGCAUGAAGCCAUUCCACUGUGCUGAACGUAACUGCAGUGUUGAACAAAGAAUUUUGAUUUCUAUCACUGUUUGACAAUGCAGUUGAAAUGUGAUUCCAGAGUUACAAAAACAAGUCAACUUUCUCCGUGUGUUGAAAUAAUGAAUUGGAAUACAAGCUUUCCACACAUUGCUAUAGGAUCACUGCUAAGAUAAGGUAUGAAACAGGUUUUAAGGUAUCAGUACUGUUUGUAGAGCUUCUGCGUUGGUCUGGGCAGCGUUUUUGUCAAACUUCACUUAUUAGAAGAAUAUAUUCCUAUCUGAAGACAGAUGUGGGCUAAAUAACUGUGAGUUUACCUUUUGAAACUAAGACCUACCUAAUAACUGCAGUAUAAUUUAAGAAUUAACCAGUCUGUGGAUUGUAGUUUCAGGAGGUGAAAUACAAGGACAAAAGCACAAUCUUCUAUCUCUUCGUACACAUCCUUAUUCAUUCACCUUUGAACGUAAGUGCAGCAGCUGUGUUGAGCAUCACUUGUGCUAUACUAGGUAGAAAUAGCUGUCCUCAAAACAGCAUUGUUUCUUAAUGCAGAAGUGCCUUAUGUCACCUCAAAGUAGGUGGCCCCAAACAUCAGGAACUGCAUUGAUGCUGGUCCUGUGCCAAGAGCUCUUAGUGUAAGCAAAUCAGUGGAUGAGGGUGGAAGGAAGCACGUGUAUUUAUUGCUGUUUUGCACACAAAUAUUGAAAGCUGGAAAUGUUAGAUUUUUGCCCAGGACGUCUCUGAGCCCCCUGCCCUGGAUUGCAGUGUGAGCUGAGGACUUGCGAUUUCAGUUUUACGUUUUGUUAUCUGCUGAUUAUUUAAGUCCUCUGUGCUUCUUACUCUUACUGCAACAUACCCAACAAACCUAUGAAAGUUGGCUUUAAGUACUUAAGAGAACCUGUGCAAAAAUGGAGAUGUUAUAAUGCUUCCCUGACCUCAAUAUGAUCUCACCCUAACCUUCAUGUCAUAAGAUCGUGUCACUUAAUCCAUUAGCCAUUAUUUCAAGGCAGUGAGUAGUCACAGGAGUGAUGUGGGUCACUAUGUAUUUCAGUGUUAAUGUCUUUGUAGUUCCAUUGAUGUCUGACCUGUUAUUGUUGAACUUACCAAUGUCUUCACCAGGAUUAGACAGACCUCCUGGGAAUUUCCAUCCAUUUAUGGUCUGCAUUGGAGAAAAAAAUAUUAAUGAAGUAUGCAGCCCAUUUUGUACUCUGGAAUAUGAAGGUGACAGUUAACACAUUAUGUGAAGUUGAGGUAUUGUAAUUACUCUUACAAAUGUCAGUAAAGAUUUAAGUAGAAACUAUUUUUUCUUGCUAAUGUGAUGAUCAGAGACAUCUACAGUCUGUAUGUAAUAUUGGAACAAAACAUCUACUGACUGAAAGAAACUGUCUAACAAUCAUUAGACAAUGUUGCUGCUAGAUAACUAGAUAGUAGUUGAAUAUUUUAAAAAGCUGCUAUAGACUAUAUACUCUUAUAUUUAAUCACUAAUGUAUCCCACUUCCAUGUUUCUGGCUUUUAAAAAUGUAUAUAUAUUUAAUCUUACAAACAGGUAUGAUUUAGUACUGUUCUAUACUGCACUGGCUUUAAGAUGACUGUGUGUGUCUGUAAUAACCAUUUUGUGCAACCUGUCACUUGUUUUUAUGGAGUUCCAAAACCGAGGCCUUGUGUGUGAUUUAUGUAAAGAAGCAUUUAUAGAACUGCAAUAAAGUUCAGUACUCAGAACAGAA